AUGCUUUUCCUCCCGGGCUUUGUCGCUCUCGUCGGCGUGGUGCUGUAUGGGGCGCAGCCGCGGCUCUUUCCAGGAGAGAAGAGCGCCGACUUUAAGGUCGUUCAGCCUGCAGAAGCACCGGUGCUAAUGGAAUACCUUCAGAAGUACGAGAAAGAGCUGGGUCAAGAUUUCCUGGCCUACAGGAAUCACUGCCUCCGAGUCCUCUCCUUCGCUCUCUACUUCUUGGAGAAGUCUCCCUCAGAAGGCGCCAGGAGGAACUUGGAAGCUGCGUUGGCUUACCAUGAUCUUGCGCUGUGGAGUGAUUUGGCAGCCAGCUACUUGGGCCCGAGCGCAGCGAGGGCACGGAAAGACCUGGCAGGCUCCUACUCAGAGACCGACCUGAACCAGAUAGAGGAUUUGAUCAUGAACCACCACAAGAUCCUGACCUGA